AUGGAUGAGGAAAUGGAAGUAGCCGAGAUCAGGUUCGCCGAGAACCUAUGUUCAUGUUCUCCAAAGAUCAGACGGCGAGCAUUGAACCGGCUUCACGAUUUUAUCAAAAAUCAAACACAGAAACGAGGUAAGUGAUUGACUUUGGUUACCAUGUGUUUAGAAUUUACUCCAGAAUCUUUUAACCGGCUCUGCCGAGGUCUACAUUAUGCUAUGUGGAUGCAGGACAAGAUGUUACUUCAAGAAGAGUUGUCUGAUGAAUAUGGAUCGUUGGUAAAUCUGUACAACACUCACGAGGAAGCUAUAGAGUACAUGAGGUCAAUGAUGUAUACCUUAUCUAAACAUUGGUUGAAUAUUGACAAAUGGAGAAUGGACAAGUUUUUACAGGUAAUAACAUAACCUUCCCACCUAAAUUUGAAGACCAAAGUGUUGUUUAUUUUAGGUAGUAUUUUCUUGACCUGAGUUUGUUUUAAUUUUAGAUGAUGAGAAGAUUGUUCAGAGCCUUUUUCGUGUAUUUGAAGAACAAGAAUUGGGAUGAAGAGCUGGUGGAAUCUAGUAUAUUAUUCAUGAGACAAACACUGAUAACUGGCGAGGAAUCGGGGAUCCACGAAUCUUUGAAGAUGCACUUUGCCACACUGUAUAUUGAAGAGCUUGACUAUGCUGGAGAUUUGAGCAAGAAACAAGUUAUUACUUUCAUCAAGCCUUUUGUUGAAUUGAUGAAGAGGACAUGCAGGUAUGAUAAUAUCUUGUUUUGGAAGUGUAUUAUUUUUAUGUUUAGUUUAUAUUAAAAUUAUAUUUGCAGCGAUUCUUUGAUGAAGUCCGUGUACACUGAGAUCUUCCACACCAUCCUCGAGGGUUAUGCUGCUGAACUGGAGAAGAAAGAAGGUAACAAGAAGGUGGAAGGAGACUUGAAAGGUGAUGGAGCUCCGAUCGAGUUUGACUACGCUGCCAUUAUUGAGCUUUUGAAGGAAGCAGUGACAUCAGAAACGAUGAAUUCGAAGAAAAAGAAGAAGCUACAGCCUUUGAUUGCUCAGUAAGUUGGUUUAGAUAUAAUUUGAUGUAUUUAGGUUUGAAGAAGUGGCCAGAGGAGAGAAUCCCUUCAAAGAUAUUAUGGAACCAGACAGGAAAGAUCCUUUGUCAAAUGAGAUGAUCAGCAAAGCUGUUGAUAAGUUGCAUUCCUUGGAGAGCAAGAUGAAGAAGGAUAAGAAGAAGUUCAAGGCGGUCAAGAGGACUAUUAAAAAGGCCAGGACUUGA